AUGCCUCGACACCCGGCUCUGCAGGGACCGUUUCUCGGCGACUGGUACGUGGUGAAGAACUUCGACCCGGACUCCUCGUGCAUGAGCUUCAGCUACACCGAGUGCGGCGCCCACUGCAUGCUUGUGCAGGAGCAGAAGCAGCUCAACCUCAUCAGCAACAUCGGCCUCUCGAACGUGUACCAGACCAAGGGGGAGCUGAAGUCUCCCAGUGGCGACGCGGCUCGAAUGACCGCCAACUUCGCUGACAGUCCGCGCGUGGCCGACUACACAGUGCUCACCACCGACUACGAGUCGUACGCGGCCGUGUUCACGUGCGAGACGGUCCGGCUCGCUCGGCUGCCGCUCUUCCACCGGCGCGACGUGUACGUGAUGAGCCGACGGCGCAAUGCCACGCUCAGCCUGGCCCAGCUCGACAAGGUCAGCGAGGCCUUAAUCACCAACCAAAUCGAGGACGAGUUUGAGCCGGUGAGCCAGAACAACUGCAUCUCGUCCAGCGAGGCGCUGCUCGAUCUGGACACCAACCGGCUCGUGCAGGGCUUCAACGCGUUGACGGCGCCCUGGCAGAGGGUGACCGACGCGGCCAGCUCGUUCACGAGUCGCAUCAGCUCGUUCACCUCCUCCAUCGCGGGCAUCUUCUCCGGCAUCGGGAGGCGGCCCAGUCAGUAG